AAUGCACACAAAGGAGAAAUGGCAAAAUAAUCCUCAACGGUAUGAACAUUUUGAAGGACCGGUGAAAAGGCUCAUUCGGUUCACGUGUGUUCCUCUCGGGGGUAUGUAUUCCUUUUUGGGCAUCCACCGCGUGGUGCGCGUUGUGCGGCGGUGUGUGAGGCCGAACCAUUGCCUGCACAGCGUCGCAGUUCGGCAUAGACAGGGGCGACUGCGCAGUGUUAGCCUAGCCGAAUUGGCUGCUACUCUGCACAGCGGAAGAGACGUGGGGAAGACGCAUGCCCAUUCGUUUGUGAAAACAUACGUUUUGCUUUUCCCCUUGGGGGUGCUUUCAUUUCCACGUACAUAGGGACGAUGGAGGACCAGGGCGACUGCAUCCUGACCUUCAGCUCGUACGAGGAAUACGUGAAGAGUAAAAUCACCCCCGUGGAUUUGUUCUACAUCGAAGAUGAACAACUCGUGUUCGACAUAUUCUCGCUGGGGCUCCAAAGCAGAGGAGUACUAAGCUGCGAAGACUUCAACAGCACUUACCAAAAAAAAAAAAAAAAAAAGGAGAGUUUGAAGAAGGCGGAGGAAAGCAAAGCAGACGUCGUGCUGUACGAUAUAAACUCCCUAACUGACCACACGAUGAACUUUUUUUACGCAAUAAAUUGCCACAUGCAUUUCUGCGAAGCGAACAAAAUUUGUUCCAUCCUGUUCAUCCGUUAUGUUAAUAAAAACCAAUCGGAGAUUAGCUCCUACAUAGACGUCAACACUGAACGGGUCAGGCAAAAAAUAAAUAAAAAAAGGUACCUCUACGCAAGCAGAGAUGAUUUGGCAUACUUUAACUGGCACAAUAAUUACAGCUGUACAAAUGACAGUGACAAUUUCCAGAUGGUCGUCAAUAAGCAAGUGGGUCUCCUUUUUAAGUACACACGUGGUGAGAAGUACUUCAUUUUGAACCCUACGAGGAGGGAGACGAAGAUUCGGCUGAGCGAUAAUAUAAGUGAGGGUCAUGCCUCGGGUGGGUUGUCUCCCGGGGAGGAGGAAAAAAUGAUAAGUUUGUGCGACGGGGUGGAGCGCGUGGAGCUUCGCGAUGCCAACUAUUUGCAGUGCGUCCUGUACGCCUUGCGUGUGUAG